UUCUUCUUUCUUCUCCGCCGCUGCUGCAUUUCUUCUCCCUUUCUUCUCUGCCUCAUCUCCAAAACAACCAGAGAAACACAGACGGAGAAAAAAAAACAAAAGUAGAUAAACCGCUCCGCUCAUGGUGCGGCCCGCGACCCGCAACCCGCGAUUGCGGCGAUCUCGGCCGCGUUUUCAAACGCCGCUCCGCCACCCUCUUCUCGCGCGGGUGGUGGCCGCUCCGGCCGGACCGCCCGGGAUCGCGCCUUUCCCGGCCGCGAUUGAUAACUCUGUUUUCCACACGAUUUUAUUUUGAAGCAAAUUAUGGAUCUUCAUUAUCAUCUCUAGCCUUAGUCAUCACCAUGGUUCUCAAGUUUCUUAAAGUCACCUCCAUGCAGUCAAUAUAUCACCGUGUUGUUCUUGUUCGCGACCCGUUUUGCAUAUGUUGUCCACGAACUUUUGUUUCUUCUCUAGCAACUCGUCACCCUGGAGACGAAGUUGGUAACUUUUGGUGUAAAGAACAAUCUCAAGAUGUUACGAGAUAUGUAGACAUUCUUACUGCAAAAAUUGUCAAAGGAGGCAGCGAGGAAGACAUUCUCCUGUCUCUAAUCGGUGAUGAAGUUGUAAAUGGUAUUCAUCCGUCUCAAAACCUUGUUAAUAGGUUGCUAUGUCGGUAUAAGGAUGAUUGGAAGUCUGCAUUGGGGAUAUUCAAAUGGGCUAGUUCACAUACACACUUUAAACAUUCUCAAGGAUCGUAUGAUAUGAUGGUAGAUAUAUUGGGUAGAAUGAAGGUAAUGGGAAAGAUGAGAGAGAUCUUAGAAGAAAUGCGUCAAGAGAGUCUCGUCACCCUCGAUACUAUAGCCAAAGUAAUGAGAAGAUUUGUUGGGGCAAAACAGUGGAAAGAUGCGGUGAGGAUAUUUGAUGACUUACAGUUUCUCGGCUUAGAGAAGAAUACAGAAUCCAUGAAUGUGUUGCUUGAUACUCUCUGCAAAGAGAAAUUUGUUAAGCAAGCUCGUGAUAUUUACUUGGAACUGAAGCAUCACAUUGCUCCUAGUGCUCACACGUUUAACAUAUUGAUUCAUGGAUGGUGCAAAAUCCGACGUGUUGAGGAGGCACUUUGGACAAUCCAAGAAAUGAAAGGUUACGGUUGUCGCCCUUGUGUUAUAAGUUAUUCCACCAUCAUCCAAUGUUAUUGUGAAGAACAGAAUUUUGACCAGGUCUAUGAACUUCUUGAUGAAAUGCAAGCUCAAAAUUGCUCUCCCAAUGUGGUCACUUACACUACUAUCAUGUGUGCUCUGGCAAAAGCAGAAAAAAUCGAUGAAGCUUUGCAAGUAGUUGAUAGAAUGAGCUCUAUCGGAUGUAAGCCUGAUACUCUUUUUUACAAUUCGUUCAUUUAUACGUUGGGGAGAGCAGGCAGAAUAGAUGAUGCUAUGCAUGUAUUCAAAGUUGCGAUGCCGAAGGCCGGUGUGACCCCAAAUACAUCCACCUAUAAUUCAUUGAUUUCUAUGUUUUGUUACUAUGCACGAGAAGAGAGAGCUUUUGGCAUUCUGAAGGAGAUGGAAGAGUCCGGCCUAUUUAAGCCUGAUAUUCAGACUUAUCAUCCAUUGAUCAAGUCAUGCUUUAAAAUGAGGCAAAUAGAUAGUUUAUUGAAUGAUAUACUAAAUGACAUGAUAAAUAAGUAUCAUAUUGGUCUUGAUCUUUCAACCUAUACACUGCUAAUUCACGGGCUUUGUAGAGCAGAUAGAUGCAAGUGGGCAUUCGAUCUGUUUGAGGAGAUGGUUGAUCAAGAUAUAGUACCUAUGUAUAGAACUUGCCGUUUGCUCUUGGAUGAAGUCAAACAGAAAAAUAUGUAUCAAGCUGUUGAGAAAAUUGAGAUUCUUAUGAAGAACCUUUAAAUGCAAAUCUCUUAUGAAGAAAACUCAAAAGAAUAUUCAAUAGACUUGGUUAUCUCCAACAUUCAAAUCCUCAAACACCACAGAUAACCCUCUCUCUUUGUAUUAUUCAUUUCCUUUCAUUUAUAAGCCUAUCAUCUCUCAAUCCCUUCUUGUUUGGUUGGAGGGGACAGAGAAGAAAGUGGGAGAAGAGAAAGAAAGAGGUAAGAAGGAAAGAAUUGAGAGAGUGAAUUUCUUGCAAUUUUUAUGAGAAAAAUAAAAGAAAGACAAGAGAAAACACUCGAGUGGGUAGAAGAACAAGCCGAGAGAAAUGAUGUUAUAUUUUGAAGGUUAAACUGCCCUAAAACUGAGAAGCUUGAUCAGAAGACUCAAACCUAAAGUUGAAUAGGUUUGAUAUGUUGAAUGAUGAAGGGGGAGAAUGUAAUUGUAAUCCGUUUGAUUAUUUGCCAUAAAAGUGCAGUUUCAAAGUUGUACGAGACUAUUCUUGCAGAGAGAUUGUAUAACCUAUUUAUGAGGUGUCAAGUGCCUUCAAAGAAACAGGCUCAGUGAGUGUUGUGUCAUUGUCAUUCUCUAUAGUCACUACAGAGUACAAGCAUUACAGUAUCAACUUACAGAUUUUUAUCAAGACUCAGCCAUAACAUGAAAUGGUGCCUAUAAGCUUGUUUUGAUGCUCUCUUUGUAUUACACUGUGAACUGUAUUUAAACGAUACUUUCCGGUGUUAGAAUUUUACUCAAUACAUGAUGGUCAAUUCUCCUUGUA